AUGAGUUGUGUGGCUCAAGCCCCAAGCCACUGGACUGCGACUCCUUAUGCUCUACGGCCGAAACUAAUUUGUGACUCGAGUAAUGACCAUCAUGAUCUAACGCCAUUCCCCUUGCAUAAAGUUAGCCAGCUCCCAGCCCCUGGCUCUGAGUUAGAUGGCUCCUCAGGGCUCUGUUCACCUUGCCUACAAGCUCGCGACCCAGUUCUCCGUAGUCAAGACAUCGGAACCCUUCAAGGGGACUUGCAAAGUGACUGUAUAUGUUCCAAUGAAAAUGAGAAACCAACCUGCUUAUGUGUUCCUAGUUACGAAAGGUCGCGCAUCCGGCUAAACGAUACAGGAUCAUGUGAACACAACCAGGCGUCAGCGCUCGAGACACCAGAGAAGAGUUCUUAG